AAAGUCUGUUUUCUAUUGGUGAACUAGUGCAGACAGUUCAGCAAUAGCAGAAACUUUUUUUACUUCAUCUUUAUCCUAACCUAAAUUGGAAGCAGUUUACUUUUGUCUCUAUGGUGUAUCCGUGAAAUGCUUCUCGAUGAGAUAUUUGAAAGCUCAAAGAUUAAAGUAACAAAAAAAAAGACAUGUGAAGCCAACUGUAGACUUUGUCAUAUAUAUAUAAUUUUUAUAAAAUAAAUUUAUGAAGAUAUGAACGGUCGUAUCGCUCCAAGUAAAUCGACUGUUUACGUGUCGAAUUUACCGUUCUCCUUAACCAACAAUGAUGUACAUCAGCUAUUGGAAAGUUACGGGAAAAUUGUCAAAGUAACAAUAUUGAAAGACAAGGUAACGCGACGUAGUCGCGGCGUUGCUUUCGUGCUAUUUCUUAAAACGGAAGAUGCCGUGUCUUGUGCGAAAGCUCUUAAUAAUACGGAGGUACUUGGUCGCACUCUGAAAAGUUCAAUAGCAGUCGACAAUGGUCGCAGCACUGAAUUUAUACGUCGUAGAGAUUAUCCCGACAAGUCGCAGUGCUAUGAAUGUGGGCAGGAAGGACAUUUAUCGUAUUGCUGCACCAAUAACUCAUUAGGUCCUAGGGAACCGCCAGCGAAAAGAGUCAGGAUACGUAAGAAAAAUGUGAAACAAGAAAAGUACGACACAAGUUAUUAUGAUAGCGAUAGCGAUGAAGCAACAAGAAAACCAAAACGCAACAUCGACGACGUCUAUAACGUCGAUGAUGAUACGGAAGAGGAACCAGAAACGUUAAGUGCCGUUAUUGCACUUGAGCAAAAACGGUCUGAAAUGGAACGUAGAGAAGCAGAUGAAUAUGAUAGAAAAGAAACUUUGACUGCACCGAGGAAACGUUAUAAAAAGAAUAACUAUUUCAGUGACGAAGAAGAUUUUAGCGAGUAAUGUAUGUGAUAUGAAAUGGUGUAAAAUCUCGAAAAUGUAUAUAUCGAUAAAUAUAUAUAAAUAGUAUCGCUU